GCACUCAAAGCUUCUUCUUCUUCUCCUCCCUUUCGGUUUCGGCUUUCCUUCCGACGCUGGUCGAUCGUUUGCUCUGUGAGUUGUGGGAACGACAGAUCGCUCCAUGGGUAACCGCCAGAAGCUGCUCAACUUCCUCCGGCCGGACCCCGCGGUGGCCGCAUGCUCGCCGAGGUCCUUCUCCUCCUCUUCCGCAUCCGUGUCAGACGACGAUAGCUACAGCUCCUCGCCGUCGCGCUACGGCGGCUCCUCGACCCCGCCCACGCCCAAGUCGCCGUGGGCGCACCUCCCGGGCCUCGCCGCCGAACCGGGGGCCACGGGGCUCAUCGCGUCGCUGGAAAAGGAGGACGGCCACGUCUACUCGCUGGCGGCGACCGGGGACGUUCUUUACACCGGAACCGACUCUCGGAACGUGCGCGUGUGGCGGGACCAGCGCGAGCUCGCCGGGUUCAGGACCGCCAGCGGCCUCGUCAAGGCCAUCGUCGUCGCCGAUGACGGCCGCAUCUUCACCGGCCACCAGGACGGCAAGGUGCGUGUGUGGCGCGCCGACGCGGACAACCCCGCCGCGCACCACCAGGUGGGCUCGCUCCCGAAGCUCAGGGACUACCUCAAGAGCGCCGUCAACCCCGCCAGCUACGUCGAGACGCAGCGCAAGGGCCGCCACCGCGCGGUGUGGCUUCGGCACUCGGACGCCGUGUCGUCCCUCAGCCUCGACGAGGGCGCCGGGCUGCUCUACUCGGCCUCGUGGGACAGGACCUUCAAGGUGUGGCGCGUGUCGGACUCCAAGUGCCUCGAGUCCGUCAGCGCGCACGACGACGCCGUCAACACCGUGGCCGCCGCCGGGUUCGACAGCGUCGUGUUCACCGGGUCGGCCGACGGCACCGUCAAGGUGUGGCGGCGGGAGCCUGCCGCGAAGAAGGGCGACGCGACGAAGCAUGUCCUGGAGAAGGUGCUCAGGAAGGGCGAGGGCGCGGUCACCGCCAUCGCCGUGUCGACCGAGGACCGCGUCGUGUACGCGGGCUCCUCGGACGGGCUGGUCACCUACUGGUACUGGGUCGACGGCGAGGCGAGAUACGGCGGCGUGCUCAAGGGCCACAAGAUGGCGGUGAUGUGCCUGGCGGUGGCCGGCAACGUCGUCGUCAGCGGCUCGGCCGACCGGACCCUCUGUGCGUGGCGCCGCGACGGCGCAGAGCACGCCUGUCUAGGCGUGCUGGCCGGACACGCCGGGCCCGUGAAGUGCGUCGCCAUGGACGAGGAGGCGGCCGCCGGUCCGGGCGGCGACCGGCGGUUCGUGGUGUACAGCGGGAGCCUGGACGGGUCGGUCAAGGUGUGGCGCCUGUCGGAAGCGCCAGAGCCGCCGGUGACGGAGCGCACGGCAGGACCACCGUCGCAGGCGUGGAGAGGCCGGCCGGCCACGGCGCCGUCGUACGAGACGACGGCGGAGCAGAAGCGCGUGGCAGCUGCGUGAGGGCGAAGCAACCGGGCCCGUACGUGCGCGCAUGGAAGGAAACAAUGUGGUGGCCACACGUGUACUCGAGCAGAUCGUACUAGAGUGUACAGAUACGUAGAACCAGUACGAGUUGUGCAUGCGUGUAUGUUGAGGUGGGAAAUCAGAUUGUGCGGCUGUUGACGGGGAGACAUGGGCGGUGGGUUGACAGUGAGAGGUCACGGGCCACGUCAAAUUCGGUUGACGUGAGAGGGAAAAUGGUUUUGCGUGGGUGAAUUUGGUUGUAACCACUGCGAUGGAUGUCGUGCAACAAAGGUGUGCAUCAAAGUUUCCCUGAAAAAAUUGUGUGCGUUGAA